AUGUAUUGGUCCAUCAUCGCCAGACGAAGUCUAUACUGGUUACUAUUCGCGCCUUUGGCGGCAGCCACUGCGUCUGUUGAGAACAUCCCCAGCGAGGAAUGGACCUCAGAGCAACUUAGUGGCCGUGAAAACAACUUUGGGUCACAGAAUGAAUCUUGUGCUGCUGCUGUACGUGUCUGUCUGAGAGCCGAUUGACCAGCCGUUGCUGAAGUAGUCACAGUGUGCAACGCUUCAUAGGACCUUCGACACCGAUCUAGCCAAUACAAUAGCCUACGGCCUCGACAAAGCCGCAUACUGGUCUUUUUUCCAGGCUGAGGUACAUCCAGCUUGCUUCAUCCAGCCCACCAACGCCCAAGACGUCGCAGAAAUACUCCAGGUCGUUCGACGUACACAAUGUCCUUUCGCCGUGAAGAGCGGUGGCCAUGCAGCGUUCGCGGGAGCUUCCAGCUCACCCGGUGGAAUCACGAUUGACCUCCAUCGACUCAACGAACUGAGCCUCUCAGACGACAAGACCAUCACCCACGUUGGAACAGGUAAUCGCUGGAUCGACGUCUACGACUACCUCACACCCAAGAGCCUCUCCGUCAUCGGCGGCCGAGUCGCAUCUAUUGGUACCGGAGGCCUCACCCUCGGCGGUGGAAUCUCUUUCUUCUCAGGCCGCCACGGUUGGGCAUGUGAUAACGUCGUCAACUACGAGCUCGUGACCGCCUCUUCCGAAAUCCUCGAAGUCAACCACGCCUCCCACCCCGAUCUGUACUUCGCCCUCCGAGGCGGCGGAAACAACUUCGGAAUCAUAACCCGCCUCGAUCUCAACACUAUCCCGCAAAAUCCCUUCUGGGGAGGAAGUCUCACCACUUCCUACUCCAGCAAGACCCGAAAUGCCGCCAUCGAAGCUCUAUACCACUACGCCUACAAUGCCCCCAAAGACAUCGAUUCCGCCCUCUACGUCGCUUUCGCAUACAGCCAACUGCCUCUCGGCUCCUACCUCAUCGUCUCCGAACUCACCCAAGCAGCCAACAUCCCAAACCCCCCCAUCUUCGAAAACUUCACCUCCCUGCCCGACCGCCUCUUCUCCACCCUCCGCCGAGACACCGACAUGCCCUCCCUCGCCCGCGAAAUCAACGCCGCCGAACCCAACGGCUUCCGCGAGACGUACUGGACGCGCACGUUCACGCUCCCCUCGUCGGAGAUCAUCUACGACGUCCUCGAAAUUUUUCAAGACGAAGUCGAAGCGAUCAAGCAUGUCCUGGGCUGUCUCCCGGCUCUGACGCUCCAGAUCAUCCCCGAGAAUGUCAUGGGGCAUUUCGCCCAGAACGGCGGGAACGCGCUCGGAAUCUCCCCCGACCAGGGGCCUUUGCUGCUCGUGGAUAUCACGGUUCAAUGGUCCGAUGCUGGGAAAGACGACGCGGUACUCGGCGCGGCGAGGAAUGCGAUAAAUAGGAGCGUGGCUCGAGCGAAGGAAAUCGGAGCUUAUCAUCCGUAUAUCUAUCAAAACUACGCGGCGCAAGAACAAGAAGUAUUCGAGGGGUAUGGCGAGGAGAAUCUAGAGCAAUUGAGGCAGAUUUCUAAACGAUGGGAUCCGGAAGGUGUUUUUCAGGUAUUACAGCCGGGGUACUUCAAGCUGUGGUGA